AUGACCACAACAACAACGAUAUGGGAGCUGCCAGAAUUCUAUCAUUUAGAUAAUGAUUUUUUUCGACCACAAGAAAAGAAACAAUUGAAAAAUGCAUAUGAAAAUUUUAUAAUGAAUACAAAAUAUAAAUCAUUCGACUAUGACAAUAAUUUAGAUAAUGAUGAUGAUGAACAAAUAUUAUUACAAUCGAAAAUUCAAUUGUUUCAAUUGUUUGUUCGUACGCAACCAGUGAAUAUUCGUAGUUUUAGUCUAUUUCAUCAACAAUAUCAACGCGUUUUUAUUGAACGUUUAUUUUAUCUUGUUUUGAAUAAUGUUGAAUUAACGCAUUUUUCAACAUUUAACGUAAGCUCAAUUAUAAAUAUAAGUAAAGAAUUAGAAAAAUAUCAACGAGCAACCAAUAAAAUUAUAUUGAAUACUAAUAAAAUUAAUACCAUUAUACAAUUUGUUUUAUCAUUUUCAUCGUCAAGCAUAUCGUCAUUUCAAUUGAACAACCUUUUUUAUUUAUUAUUAAAUGAUAUGAAUGAUUUUUCGGGAAAACUUAUUGAUCGCAUUGCUGAACUAUUACGUGUAUAUCAUUCGAUCACAUAUGGACAUACAAUUACUAAGCAAUACUUAAUUACAACGAUUGAAAAUGUUAUACGAACGGUUAACUUUGCCAAUCCUCUUGUCUAUCCAUUAUAUGAAAAUUUUCUUAAUUCAUCAUAUGUUUACAAAAGCCCACUUGUACUUAUAUUACCGAAAAAAACUACAUCUGCUUCUUUAUAUACAAUAAUUCAAAAUUUAUCAAUCACACUUUUGGGCAUAACACUUGAUGAUUUUGAAUGUGAAGAUAAAUAUUUAUCGUUUACAUCUGAGCAAUGCUAUCAUAUACGUUUAAUAGUACGUCGUUUAACGUAUUCAUUUAAACAACAUCGCUAUACAAUCGAAUAUCCAUUAAAUAAUCUUGAUAAACAAAUAAUAGUUCAAUUAAUUAAUUUAAUUAUAUUUCAGGAAAAAACCUAUGAUACAUUAAAAUCUUUACUUGAUUUAUACAUGAAAAAUGUUCAUGAAUUUUCACAGACAAGAACUAAAAAACUUCUAUAUGAUUUAUUAAUAAAUUCUUCGUUUGAAUUUCAUUCAAUUGAAACAAUAGGAUAUUUUAUUGAAUUAAAUCAUGCUCAAUCGAAUUUAAUUGUGAGUGAAAAGAAAAAUCACAAAGAUGAUUUAUGGCUUAAUAUUGAACAAAUUCGACUUAUUAUACAUAAAUUAUAUUCAAAUGAUAUUUACAAUGAAAUAUUUCGACCAUUUAUUAAUGGUGAUUGCCAUGAACAAUGUUCGAUAAACAAUUUAUUAGCCUAUUUAGAUAAUAAACUCGAAAGUGAACACGAGCCGAUUAUUGAUGUGCAAGAUAUAAAAACAAAAUUAUUAAUAUAG